AUGGCCAACCAUCCUAACAAUCUCAUCAGAAAGGCCUACGUUUUCGGAAUGUCACAUCAUAAGGACACCGAAAACAACAUUUUUCAUCACUGGAAGUCUAACCUUAAAGAAUACAACAUCUCUGUCAAACUCAACAAUCAACAAUUUUCACUUCCUCAACUCUCAGGAACUAACUUUGAAAUUCACACUGAUGGAUCCCGACAGAAUGGUAAAUCUGGAAUGGGAAUCAACAUUUACGACCACAGUCACGCGCCAAAACAAUUAUAUUCACACUCACUCAGAAUUCAUGAUGGAUAUUCACACAACAUAGCUGAACUCGCAUCCAUCCUUACUUCUAUUCAUCUUCUACCAAACCACUCCAAAGCAACAAUUCACACAGACAAUCAAGUUGCAAUCCAAGCUCUCAAAAAGAACUAUCGAGGACGAUUCCUCCUCUUCUAUCGAGAAUUUCAGAAAAUAAUUAGAGCUAGAAAUCUUCAAAUUUCUCUAAAGAAAGUAAAGGGACAUAAGGACCCUGAAAAUAUCAAGGUCGACGCUCUAGCCAGACAAAGUCUCUCACAACCCACAAUUUUCGACAUCAGACAACUCUUUGGCAAACAACGACUCCUUACCAAGACAGGUAUCAUCAUUUUCAAUCAAAGAGAAAUGACUCGGACUUUUCACUACAAGAAAAUGACAACAAAAUUAGAUAACAAUCCCAACCUCAUUGAUCAUGUUCAUCAAAAAUCCCUCAAUAUUAGAUUCUUGAAAGCGAAAAUCUCACCCAAUUACAAGUAUGGAGAAUUAUUAUCGACUCUCAUAUUAGACACUUCACAGGCUUCUAUUGCCCUGACUGAGAAGUCGAGUCCAAUCUCCACCACUACAUACAUGAAUGUCCAAAGCUUGACCCUGUGA